AUGACCCUGGGAUAUGAUGUGAUAGACAACCCCGACAAGUAUGAGUCGUACAAGGAUAUCCUCUGGUUUUGGCAUUUUAGAGGCGCCGGGUAUUACCAGGAAUUUCGCUAUCAACUUAUCGAAUGGCGGGAAUUCCGAGAAAUGCAAGACAAGAAGAGGAGUUAUUACGUCCCACGAAACAGGUUUCGAGAGUAUCAAGACUCCGUCUGUGAGAGUCAAACAGACGCGGGAUGGAAAUACGACCUCCGAGUGCUCGAGGACCGACACCAACAGAACCGACUGGAAGACUGGAAUGAGUUUCGGGCGUUCUACUAUCGGAGGCUCAAACAUUAUGAGAAACGGGUUGCGCCGGCGGAGCAGGACCUAUCAAUGUAUCAGAGGAAGUUUGAAGAAGCCCAAGCGCGACUGACCGAUGUCAUCACUGAUACUCAGGUUCUGUAUAGCCGAUUUGAUGAUAUCCAGGCUUCAAAGCAGGAAGUAACUGAAGCGAAAUCUAGAGUGGAGUUAGCCCAGGAGGCGUUACGAGCAGCAAAACAAAGCAGCUCAAAGACAAAGGCAGAGUUGAUGAGGGUGGCGCACCAGGAACUCGCUUCUGCGAGGGACAAUUUAAAGCAAGUAUCCGGUACUGAGGAAAUGAGAAGACUCCGUGAUGGGUAUGACCUGCACCUAGCCGAGGAGUCCAUGGUUAUAUCAAAGGGUGAGUUGAGAGGAGCGGGGCUCGAUGUGAAGAGAUGGAAAGUAUUCCUGAAGUGGAUCGACGACCAGCAUCCAGCUAUCGCAGCCGAAUGCGGGUUGUUCACCAAUAAUACCCUGGAUGCCGUUCCUCAAACCAUCACACGAAAAGAAGAUCCGCAGAGGCAGAAAGAGCGGCCUCAGCUCCGACAAAGAAAAAAAAAACAAAGAUGGUCUGUCCUCAGUCCAAACGCUUCAUCGAAGGUCUCCAAAUCCUUGAAAGCUAGAGUGGGGUCUUCCAGCUUACGUGCAACGAUCACAACACCACUUCACGAAUCUCCCGUGCCGACGGUUGCUUCAGCUCAGCAAGGAGAUCAUGAUGACAACAGAAAAUCGCGGCUACGGCCAUGCCCAAGUACGUCACCACUCAAGCCCACUCGUCGCAGCGCUCGAAUCGCAGAAAGAAUAAAAGGCCUACAAGAUUAUGAUGCACUAUCUAAAACUGCAAGGAUUAUGGGUGGAGAGGCGCAUGAGCUGUCACAAGUGAAACGACAAAUGGAACAGAAUAUAAAUGCAGCCACGAAGAGUAGUGAGCGCCUCAAAGGCAGGCAUCCAUCGAAACCGCAAGGCGUUUCAAAGCGGAGGGGCCCUCGUCGAUGA